GCGAGAUUUGCUCCUUGUAGAUGGCGGCGUGCUGAGUUUCCACGCGAUAGGUACCGGUUCUGUCUGUAAGCACGUGUGACGUGGAGUCGCCAAGAUGCAGCACGAUGAUGUUAUCUGGGACAUUGUGGGAAACAAACAAUUCUGCUCCUUCAAGAUAAAAACAAAGACACAGAGUUUCUGUCGGAAUGAAUACAACAUAACCGGACAGUGUAACCGUUCUUCCUGUCCUCUCGCGAAUAGCCAGUAUGCCACCAUCAAAGAGGAAAAGGGCAUCUGCUACUUGUAUAUGAAGACCAUAGAGAGGGCAGCUUUUCCAGCUCGGUUAUGGGAGAAGGUGCGUCUGAGCAAGAAUUAUGAGCGAGCGCUCGAACAGAUCGAUGAAAACCUCAUCUACUGGCCUCGGUUUAUACGGCACAAGUGCAAGCAGAGAUUCACCAAGAUCACGCAGUAUCUGAUCCGGAUCAGGAAGCUCACGUUGAAGAGACAGCGCAAACUCGUUCCCCUGAGCAGGAAAGUGGAAAGACGAGAAAAGAGGAGAGAGGAAAAAGCGUUGGUGGCUGCUCAGCUGGACAAUGCAAUAGAGAAGGAAUUGCUGGAGCGUCUCAAAAAAGGAGCGUAUGGCGAUAUUUAUAACUUCCCCAUCCAAGCGUUUGACAAAGCAUUGGAGCAGCAGGAAGAGGCAAGUGCGUCCGAGUCCGAGGAGGAGGAAGAAGAGGAGGAGGAGGAUGAUGAAAGUGGAAAGAGAGAAUUUGUAGAAGACGAUGAGGUGGAAGAGAGUGAUCUGAGCGACUUUGAGGACAUGGAUAAAUUGGCUGUCAGUGGUGAUGAGGGGGAAUCCUCUGGUGAAGAAGAGUCCACAGAAGAAGAGGAGGAAGAAGAAGAAGGUGAAGUCUCCAAAGUAAAGGCAAAGGGCAAGGCUCCUCUUAAAGGUCCUAUAAGGAGAAAACGUGCUUACGUGGAGAUAGAAUACGAACAAGAGACUGAGCCACAGCAGAAAGCCAAAACAACUUGAUUUACCCCUUCACACGCUUCUGAACUUUCUUAAAUAAAACUCUUCCUUUUACUUCAAAUAUGGUGUGAAGCAGACAACCCGAGGAUCAGCCGUGUCUUCUGUGUCAGAGGGUCACCUACUGGGAGAAUGCAUCUACUACAGAUAUCUUCUUGCAAACGGGAUAAAACCGUUCUAUGGCUGCAAUGUCUAGAAGCCACAUUUUAAUGCAGCCAUAGUGGUUUAUUAAAUCCCAAACAUAUGUUGUACAGCUGGUUAUUGGUUUGUAAAUGUCUGAAGGACGGUUUUUAAUACAUUUUGUAGAACCUG